AUGGUUUCCUUCUCCAGAACGCUCGUCAUCCUGGCGACUUUCAUCGGAGUCAUUGCCAGUCCUACCGGAGAACUCAUCGAGAAGCGUCAAUCGACUCCAAGCUCGACCGGGUAUCACAACGGAUACUAUUACUCUUGGUGGACUGACGGGGGAUCCCAAGUCACGUACACAAACGGCGCUGGUGGUUCGUAUAGCGUCAACUGGGGAGGCGGAGGCGGCAACUUUGUCGGAGGCAAGGGCUGGAACCCGGGAGGUUCCAAGACCAUCAAUUAUUCCGGAACCUACAAUCCCAAUGGAAAUAGCUAUCUCGCCGUCUACGGCUGGACGCAGAACCCUCUAAUCGAGUACUACAUUGUGGAGAACUACGGCACCUACAACCCAGCUUCAGCUGCUACGAAGAAGGGUUCUGUCACCAGUGACGGGGGCACCUACGACAUCUAUGUCAGCACCCGCGUCAAUCAACCCAGUAUCGAGGGCACUCGCACAUUCCAGCAAUACUGGUCAAUCCGAACAUCCAAGCGCACUGGCGGUACUGUUACGACUGGCAACCACUUUGCUGCCUGGGCGUCGGUUGGACUCAAUCUCGGAACCCAUAACUACAUGAUUGUAGCUACCGAAGGAUAUUUCAGCAGUGGCUCGGCUAGUAUCACCGUCAACAGUCCUGCUUGA